AUGUUUGACGAAAACCUCUUUCUCGAUGACCUCGUUCACCAUCGCCACCAGUUUUGCUCCUCGUUCCUUGUUGCUGCUGUACUGUCGACAGCCUGCCAACAGCACGCAGCAUUCGAUGCAAAGUCCUUCGAGUAUAUCCCAGGUUUGACCUUUGAGUGCGAAAUGUCGUGGCGGUCAGAACGACAUCAACCAUCCUCGCUAACAUUAGCCGCUUCGCAGCUCUUCGCGAGUAGCGGCGCACUGCGAGGACAGCAUUCGCUCCUCAAGGAACUGCUUUCGGACGAAAAUCGCGGGGGUGCCAUGUUUGAAUCGGUUGAUGACGAUGCAUGGCCAAACACACUUGAGGGCGCCACCGAGGGUCCAUCAAGGGGCAGAAGUCCUGAAUCAUGA